ACCGGCGACCGAUAGCGCGGUGCGACCGCUGAGAUCAAAUUCGGGGGAUAAGAGGGCGAGGGUCCGUCUUUUUUUCUGCGCGGUGGGUAGCAGCACGACCUGGCCCGAACCGUUUCAUGCCGUUCUUCGAUUGUGGUGGUAGUUUCUACCCGGGGAAGAUACACACGAGCCGCGGUGUGAAACGUACCGAGAGGAGUGACGGUCCUGCUGAUAGAACGGCGGCUACAAAGUACGUCUCAGUCGACGCUGAGCCAGUGCCUCAGCAAGUCCGCUCGAGGCGGUAGAGAGUCCUGAGAGAGUUGGCCUACGAUCGCGUAGCCGUGCGUUCUUUCCUUGAUCAAAUCGUUAUCGCGAUAAGAAGGAAAGAGACAUCCUGACAAUGAGAUCUUACGACGGCUAUCGGGCAUUCUUCGUGCUCGCGGCGAUCCUCGCCCAUAUGACCGGCACGUUGGCAGUGCGCGUCACGAACAACAAACAGACCAGUAAGAGGAGCAACGAUCAAUCGACAGCAGCAGAUCAGUCGGCAUCAUCUUCAUACUGGAGUCCCACUCUCAAAACCGACAUCUUCUCUCAAACUGACAGCGCGACUUUCUUCCCCACGGCCCACGGUCUGGUGCAAACCCAUCCGACUAGUGUGUUUCGCAGCGGUUUCGGCGGGAUCGACAAUCUCGGCAGUCGGGGCGUGACGAUAAGGCCGCCGAGGACGCGACCCCUUGAUUAUAAUGAACGCUCUACCGCCGAAUUGCGCCGAAAUCCAUCGCUCUCGGCACCGGACGAGUGUGCUCGUGCCUGCCGCGAGAGCGAACCGCCCAGGAUAUGCUAUUAUUACUUCACACUCGAGUAUUAUACCGUACUCGGAGCAGCGUGUCAAGUAUGCACACCGAAUGCAACCAAUGCCGUGUGGAGCGAUUGUCAGUGUGUCCUGGCGGACGGAGUAGAGAGGGGUAUUUUAACCGCGAAUAGAAUGAUCCCUGGUCCGAGUAUUCAGGUAUGCCAGGGUGACAAAGUUGUUAUCGAUGUGGAAAAUCAUAUAGAAGGAAUGGAAGUCACAAUUCACUGGCACGGAGUAUGGCAAAGAGGAUCUCAAUAUUAUGAUGGUGUACCUUACGUAACACAGUGUCCCAUUCAAGAGGGUAAUACAUUUAGAUAUCAAUGGACAGCCAGCAAUGAGGGUACACAUUUCUGGCAUGCUCAUACUGGCAUGCAAAAGAUAGAUGGUCUCUAUGGGAGCAUAAUAAUCCGACAACCGCCAAGCAAGGAUCCUAACAGCAAUCUAUAUGAUUACGAUUUAACUACGCACGUGAUGCUUAUCAGUGAUUGGUUCCACGAGAGUAGUACCGAGCGUUUCCCGGGUCGUCUUGCAGUCAAUACCGGUCAAGCACCUGAAAGCGUGCUGAUUAAUGGAAAAGGUCAAUUUAGGGAUCCUAAUACCGGUUUCAUGACAAACACACCACUCGAAAUAUUUACGAUAACCUCAGGCCGUCGUUAUCGAUUCCGAAUGAUUAAUUCAUACGGAUCAGUAUGUCCUGCUCAAGUCACAGUCGAGGGUCACACUCUCACCAUUAUUGCCACCGAUGGUGAAGCAGUUCAACCAAUCCAAGUGAACACUAUAAUUUCAUUUUCAGGUGAACGUUACGAUUUCGUCAUAAAUGCCGAUCAGCCUAUCGGCGCUUAUUGGAUUCAACUUCGUUCGCUUGGAGAAUGCGGUAUUCCGCGCGCCCAGCAGCUGGCUAUUCUGCGAUACGCUCGUGGUCCUUAUCAACCGACUACUACACCGCCUACAUAUGAUUUCGGUCUUCCACAGGGCGUCGUUCUGAAUCCCUUGGAUGCUAUUUGCAACCGACCGCGUGAGGAUGCAAUUUGCGUGAGUCAAUUGAAGAAUGCCCGACACAUCGAUCAGGGUAUCCUCCAGCAACGCCCCGACGUGAAGAUUUUCUUGCCGUUCCGCUUCCUGUUCUACAGACCCGAGGAGGUCUUCCAGCCGCAGACCUACAAUCGUUUCCUCGUUGCGCCAACUGGCGACCACGUGAUUUCUCUUGUGGAUGAGAUCUCAUUCACGUUCCCUCCGGCGCCUCCGCUCUCGCAGAUCGAUGACAUCCCACCUGAACAGUUCUGCAACGGUGAUAAUAGACCAGCUGAUUGCGGCGCCAAUUGCAUGUGCACGCAUCAGGUCGACAUUCCGCAUAAUGCGGUCGUCGAGGUGGUUCUCGUAGACGAAGUACAACAGCCCAAUCUAUCGCAUCCCUUCCACUUGCACGGAUACGCGUUCAACGUGGUCGGCAUCGGUCGUUCUCCCGAUAGGAACGUGAAGAAAAUUAAUUUAAAGCACGCCCUUGAUCUCGAUAAGCGAGGUCUUCUGCACAGACAGUUCAACUUGCCACCUGCUAAGGACACUAUCGCUGUUCCCAACAAUGGUUACGUCAUCUUCCGCUUCCGCGCGAACAACCCGGGAUACUGGCUGUUCCACUGCCAUUUCUUGUUCCACAUAUUGAUCGGCAUGAACCUGAUCCUUCACGUCGGGACGCACGCGGAUUUGCCGCCGAUACCACCGAAUUUCCCAACCUGUGGUGACCAUUUGCCGCCCAUCACGCCACCACUGUCAUUGAACGCGUAUCACUGAUGCGCGAUUGACUGAUGAGCGACGUGCUCAGAAAUGCUGAGAGAGACGCUCCAAAGUCCAUACGAUAUUUGUAGCAUAUUCUUGUAAAGUAGCGCGAGCCUGUAAUUUUUUUUAACUACGCAAUAUCUUGUCGGUUUACUCUCGAGAACAUACUCUGCUCGAGACGAUCGCGAUCGAUCGCGAGUAUAGAAUUCAACGGAUGUCGACCCGUUACCUUACAUAAUCUGGCUGAAAGCGAAGAAAAUGGCAAGGUGAGUUAGAUACAUUGAAGGUGUUAGUGAGGCAACGGGUUAACAAAAGGUGAUCGAUGCCCUGCUGGGCAAAACGACGAGCGUUCUCAGAGACGAUGAUGACAUUACGUUGGCGGCAGUCGAUAAUUUAUUGUGUUCCAGAUGCUUCAUCCGUCACACUGUCCCUACUAUACGACAUUCCUUGUUAUCCUUGCAAUGCCGCGAAACCCGUACAACGCAGAUAUAUUCACAUUUUGUGGUCGUAUAAUUCGAUCGCGACAAUUUGUUAUAAAACAUAUAUCAUGUAAUGUAUGUUUCGAUGUCUUAGAAAUACUGGAUAUUUAUACUAUAUCUGCAAAUAUAACGGCGAUCGCAUAUCCCGAUGUGGCGAAUGAAGCAUCUACAGAUGGAAACGUACAAAUGUUACUCACUAACGUUUGUAACGCUCUGUAAAUAAUGUAGAAAUAGUCACUACAUUUAACGAGAAAUAUUAAUGCGGGAGUAAUGGAUGUAAAGGAUCGCCGAAAAACAAUGGCGAUCCGAUUAUCGGAUUAUCACGAAGGUAAGUGACUCCUUCCAGCAGGCUGGACCUGUACGAUAGCGAAAUCCGUGAUUUACAAAAUUGUUUGGAGGUUCUGCUCCAAAAAGAAUAAUCUAUGAAGAUAAAAAUAAUUUUUCGCAUGGAUACAAGAGAUAUAAUAUUUAUUUAAAUUAAUAGCGUUUAAUUUUUUUUACUAACUGCUGAUCUCUUUCGACUCUACUUCCUCUAAUCGGUCCAUCACUUUAAUCAUCCUUGCGACUUCUUCAUCAGAUGCUUCUUUUUCAUUUUUUUCAUCUUGUUUAAGGGGGGAGAUAAUAGUUUGAUGAGAGGUAACACGCGAUUAUGAUCACGAUUAAAGAUGAUAACGAAUUUCCCUCGACAGAUCCAGGCUCCUGAAAUAGCUUUUUAAUUAGGGGAGUAAAUUUGCGCUUGUGAACAGCUCGCGCAUAUCGUUUUCAUUC